UUAUGGACUCUGGUGAACUGCGGUAUACAUAAGCAAUACAGUGGAUCUCUCUUUUUUGUCACUAAGUAGAUUUUCCCCCUUGCCGACGCUGACAAUCAAGGGAAAUUUAGGGAAUUUCAAAUAUACCGAUAAGGAAGAAAUCCUUUUACACAUAGUAAAUAGUGCUUACUUUUCCCAAUCUUUCAAGAUUGGUAAAUUUUUGAACACAAAACAUUACAAACAUAAAUUUAAAUACUACUGUAAGUAAAUACGAAACAUGACAUUUGCAAGAUUUGUAUCGAAUUCAAUAAAAAUGUAAUAAGAACCAAAGGAACAAAUGCAGAAGAGAAUAUUUGAGAAGCUGAAAAUAAUUGACAGGUGCCCAAAGUGGUGCGAAUUUUCAUCAGUAAUUUGACAAUAAUAUGGCUGGCAAUUUUUGGCAGAGUUCACACCAUCAACAGUGGCUGUUAGAUAAACAAGACCUAGUACGAGAACGACAACACGAUCUUUCUAUUUUAACCGAAGAAGAAUAUCAAAAAUUAUUUAUAUUUUUCUCUAAUUUAAUACAAGUGUUAGGGGAACAAUUGAAACUCAGGCAACAAGUAAUAGCCACAGCAACAGUUUAUUUUAAAAGAUUCUAUGCCCGCAAUAGUCUAAAAUGUAUAGAUCCUUUGUUGCUUGCACCUACAUCAGUUUUCCUGGCUUCAAAAGUAGAAGAAUUUGGAGUUAUUUCUAGUCAUAGAUUAGUUACAACUUGUCAGACUGUAGUGAAAACUAAAUUCAAUUAUGCGUAUUCACAAGAAUUUCCCUAUCGAACAAAUCAUAUUUUGGAAUGUGAAUUUUAUCUUCUGGAACAUUUAGAUUGUUGUUUAAUUGUAUAUCAACCAUAUCGUCCUUUAUUAAUUCUUAUUCAAGAUGUGGGCCCUGAUGAACAGUUAUUAACACUUGCUUGGCGUAUUAUUAAUGAUAGUUUGCGUACUGAUGUUUGUUUACUAUAUCCACCAUAUCAAAUUGCUAUUGGUUGUUUGCAAAUUGCUUGUGUUAUACUGCAAAAGGAUCUUAAAUCGUGGUUUGCUGAGUUAAAUGCUGAUAUGGAAAAAAUUCAGGAAAUCGCGCGUUAUAUUAUAAAUUUAUACGAAUUAUGGAAAACGUAUGAUGAAAAAAAAGAAAUUCAAGGUUUGCUAUCUAAAAUGCCAAAACCAAAAGCAGCUCCACAGCGCUGACAACAAGCUCUUUUAUCAUCUAAUAUCUGGGACUGAUGUUUAUUUUUGUUGAAUAAGUACAAGCUAUAAUUUGGUGUUCAUUUUUAUAUUUUAAAUAAAUAUGCUAAUGCCUGUAAUUAUAGGAAUUAAAAAAUGAUUUUCUUUUUAAAAUACUAUGUAAAUAGUUUACUUUAUUUCUUAUACAAAAUUAUUCCAUACUGAAAUUAACUAAAAUACUUAAUAAGUUACAUAUCUUACAAAUAUGGAAAUGAAAUUCUAAAUAUUCUUGUACUAACUGGAACCCUUGGAAUAUCUUUUCCAAAAUUUUUUCACAUCAUCGUGACCCGCCUUUGUGACUACCAUAGUCCUUUUCCUAAAUAAUACAAAUAUCAAUUACUGCAACA